AUUUCCCAUAUACCCCGUACCUGUGGCUGAUUAGGGGCACAGGUGUCUCUCAUCACCCUCACCUUUAUAAGCUGUUCUCCCUAUCACCUCAUUGCGAAGUCUUGUCUUGCCAUGCAAACAUUUCCGAGCGUUUACCCCGUGUAUGAUUCCCCGUGUAUGACCUGGACUAGUUACUGGACUCUGAUUCUUUGCUGCCUGCCGACUCUGAUUCAACCUGCUUUGUUACUUGAUUAUCCUGAGUGUUUUCCGCCAGCCCUGAUCCUUAGCCUGAACUCUGACUUUGAUUCUGCCCUGUCUACGUUGUGUUUGAAGCCCGUGAUUGAACUUUGCCUGUUUGACUUGCAUUCUGUAUUAAUAAAGCUGCACAUGGAUCCUAACGCCACUGACUCCUCGUUACAGAUGCUUUGAAAAAAAAAAAAAAGCUCACCAGGUAAGUAAUAACAGGUAAGUAACAAUUUUUACUUUUUGUUUUACUUACAACAUAAUUUAAUUUACAAUUGAAUGUUGUUUAAUAACUAGCUCUCCCACAAUAAAGAUGCGGUCACAUUAACCACCAUUCAGCAACUUUUCAUGGACAAGUACCAUCAAAAAUUUCAAUGAGGAAGUUUUGUAUGAAACACUUCCUUUUUGAUCUGCAGCUCAGGUAGCUCAGGUAUUUCUAAAAGAAUAUUGUGAUAUGAGCCAUAUGGAAUGUAUUUUAAAACAAAGCCAAUGACAAAUUCUCAGAAAGUUUCCCACUUCGUCCUGCUUUACUCUAGUCCUGCAGAGUGACAAAUGAAGUACAAAUAUUCAUUGUCGUCUCUUGAUUAAUGUGACGCUACCUGAUGUGUCAUCACCAGGGCACUAGUGAAACUGCACUUUCAGUUCCUUGUAACGGUUAACGCAAGAAAUCACUGGGCUAUUUGAUUUUCAUAGUAAAAGAGGCCCUUUCUUCCUACCAUCAGUUAUUCAAACGCACACACACACACACACGCACAUGCACAACCACACACUAGCUGACUUUACAGCGGAAGUCUUUGUCUUAGUUGUCUUCCCUCCCAUCAGAGGACAACGGCACCUUUGAGUUUGGCAGAGGAGUGAAGAUGUCUGUUAAACCAGACGAUAGCAAGGAUGAGGAGGGGAAUCAUGGGCCGGAGGUCACGGUUGUGGAGACGAACCGCUUUGGCUUCAUUCUAGGAAAUGGAGAAACUGAAAGGGAUGGUCCAUGUCCUGAGUUAGUGAGACAUCGAGAGUCCAAGUGGCUCAGCCUCAUGACUCAAUGGGAGCAAGUGAUGGAGAAAAAGAGCAACAAGGUCAAAGGUCAGUGCCAGAAGGGCAUCCCAGCAUCCGUCAGGGCAAAGGGCUGGCCACUGCUCUGUGGAGCUAAGGAUAGAAAAGACAAAAAUGACAAAGUCUACAAACGUCUAGUUAAAGCUCCAGAUCAUCAGGGAUGGACCGAUAUCAUCCAAAGAGACACAGACAGACAGUUUCCCUUCCAUGAGAUGUUCCAGUCCAAAGACGGCCAUGGUCAGAAGGACUUGCUGGAGGUCCUGAAAGCAUACACACAGUAUCGUCCAGACGAGGGCUACUGUCAGGCGCAGGGUCCAGUGGCUGCUGUCCUUCUGAUGAACAUGCCUGCUGAGGAGGCGUUCUGGUGUCUAGUUCAGAUUAGUGAGCUCUACCUCCCCGGAUACUACAGCCCUCUGCUGGAAGGUGUUUUAUUCGACGCUGCUGUUCUCUCAAGCAUUUUAAAAAAACUGUGUCCAGCUGCACACAAACACCUACAGAAUCAGGGGGUGGAGCCUCUGAUGUUUGCCACUGAUUGGCUGAUGUGUCUGUACAGCCGUCACCUGCCCUUUGACACACUGCUCAGAGUCUGGGACCUCUUUUUCUGCUAUGGUGUGCGGGUUUUGUUUCAGGUCGCUGUGGUGCUGGUGCGCCGAUGUCUGGGAGAAGGACGGCUGCGAAAGGAGUGUGACGGACAGAUGGAAACACUGGAGAAACUACGAGGUGUUAAACAGCGUGUCCAAAAUGAGCAGGCUGAUGCCUUUAUCCAUGAGGUAUGUUCGGUGUCCCUGUCCUUGGCGGACCUUCAAAAACAAACUGAGAAAGAGAUGGAGAAAUGGAAAAAAGAGAGACCAAACUCGACCUUUGACCCACGAGGGCGAUGUCACGGAUACCGGAUGGUUUGGGAGAGAGCGCAGGAUAAACCAAAGGAACCAGAAAAGAAGGAGCGAACGAAGGGGGGCCUUUCUCUUCCUCUCACGCGUUCAGUCUCUUCACUUUCUCCUUUGGUUUUGCGUAAGAAAUGGAGGAAGAGGAGCAGUAAGACUGACACGGAGGAGUGGGACGGAGGGGGAAGAAACUUCUCGCGAAGCGUGAUGGAGGAGAGCGACGAUGAGGAGGUGAGGAGGAGGAGUGUGUGCGGUAUCGUUGGGGAGCAAAGGGCCAAACGGGACAGGCUAGCAGACGAGCUCUAUUCAAACAAAGAUCACAACACACAUCCCAAAAUCUCAGUGGUGGUGUCCUCCAGCAUUGACUGCGAUGUUUUUGAGAAAGAGCAUACAGAAACGUCUUUGAAUCAACAGAAGGAUAAUUUAGAAACAACACGAGGCGAUGAGAAAGAAAGGACCGCUGGUUGUGUGGUUGAAGAGAGCAUACAGACACAUGACCAUAUACAGGACACAAAUCAAGAUGCACAGAGUACAGAAACGCAAGGACAUCAGGUUGAACAGAAUAUAGAAAAAGACAAAAAACAAGAUGAUCAGAACACAGAAGCACCAACAAAUCAACAUGAACAGAAUACAGACAAUCAGACAUGUCAAGAUGAACAGACUGUGGAGACUGUGAGAAUGUUAGAGCCAUGUGAAGAAAGUACAUCACAGGAAGAAGACAUACAGACUGACUCCAGUAAACAGGAAGAGGAAAUGCAACCAGACAGCAGCAUCCAGGAAGAAGAAAUACAAACAGAACUCUGCAAACAAGAAGAACAAAUAGAAGAUAGGUUGCCAAACACCAUAACGACUGAAGAAAAUGAGGAAAAUAACCCAGAGAAAGAGGUACAGAUACAUGUUGUUCAGGAGGACGAGAGGUCCCAAACAUCUAGUGAUCAACAUGAAGAACAAGAACAUUCAGAAAGGCAGAGAGAAGAUUUGUUCAUAAACACAGCUAUAGAGGAAGUUGAGGAGACUCAGCUUAUUGGUGAAAACCAUACUGAUGCAGACAAGGAGGAAGGGAUUCAGCAAGUGUUUGAUCUUCUCCCUGAGGAGACCACAGAGAUAUCAGACCCUUCAAACAUGAUUGAGGAGAAAGAUGAUGAGACACUGGAGGAUGACAGACAAGACACAAGCUUAGACGAGAGCGAUAGUCACUCUCAUAGUGGUAAAGAGACAUUGCAACCACCUGUAAUAGUGCUAACAUCAUUCUCUUUAAAAACUGAACAAGAAACUGAAACUGAGCAUCUGGACGGACCAGCAGAUCCUGAACAGCAAUCCCAAUCAGGCGACCAAGAGCACAGUGACGUGGAUGCUACUGUUACUUCCAGAGAGUUGGAGCAUUGUCCAAUAGAUUCCACUGUGGAAGAUGCAGAAGGAUCUGGCAACCCAGAGCAGAGUGAAGUGGAUUCUGCUGAUGACACCAACAUCCUUGAACCUCAGAAGGAGAGUACAGCAUCAACACACUCUGAUGGCACGUGUUGUGACAAAGAAAUCAGUGAGAUCAGUCCCAAAAAUAGUGAAGUAAAUAAAUCACCCGAAUCUGAAAACAUAGUAUGUUGUGAAAUCAAUACUGACGAAUCAAGCAACCUCACAAACAAUGUAGAGGAUGAUACUUGUAGAUCUGUCCAUGCAGAAAGCAUUGAAAUGCAUGCUGCUCCCGGAUCAGGAAACCUUGAAUGCAGCACAAUAGAUAUUACUGCUGAUUCUGGCAAACUAGAAAGCAACAGUCUGGAAAUUGCUGCUGGAUCUGGCAACCCAGAGAGCAACCGUGUCCCUGUUACAAGUGAAUCUGGAAACCCAGAGCAGAUUGAAGUGGAUUCUGUUGAUGACAACCUUGAAAACAAUGAUGUGCAUGUUACAGCUGAAUCUGGCAACCUUGAAUGCAACAUGACAGACCUUACCACUGAAACUGAAAAAACAUACAGCGAUGACAUGGACGUUGCUGCUGGAUCUGGCAACCCAGAGAGCAACCGUGUCUCUGUUACAAGUGAAUCUGGAAACCCAGAGCAGAUUGAAGUGGAUUCUGUUGAUGGCAACCUUGAAAACAAUGAUGUGCAAGUUACAACUGGAUCUGGCAACACAGAGAACAAUAUGAUGGAUUCCGCUAUUGGAUCUGGCAACCCGGAUCACAAAGAAGUACAUGUCACAACUGAAUCUGACAACUCAGAGACCAAUAGAGAGCAUGUGACCACUGGAUCUGACAACCCAGAAUGCAAUGAUGUGCCAUCUAUAAGUGAAUCUGGCAACACGGAGAACAAUAUGAUGGAUUCUGCUAUUGGAUCUGGCAACCCGGAUCACAAAGUAGUACAUGUCACAACUGAAUCUGACAACUCAGAGACCAAUAGAGAGCAUGUGCCCACUGGAUCUGACAACCCAGAAUGCAAUGAUGUGCCAUCUAUAAGUGAAUCUGGCAACACAGAGAACAAUAUAGUGGAUUCUGCAGUUGGAUCUGGCAACCCAGAUUACAAAGAAGAUAUCACAACCAGAUCUGAAAACUCAGAAACCAGCAAAGAGCAUGCAAGCGCUGGAUCAGGCAACCUUGAGUGUAAAACCGAGGAUUGUGCUGCUGAAUCUGGCAACCCUCAUAACAAUGAAUGUGCAAUACCAGGAAACAGCCAGGGGUUAGAUUCCCCCUCUUCAAAAUCCCCAACCCCAAACGUCCCAGCUCACCUCCGCGUGCGCAGGAGUUCCAGCUCGCGGGUUUCCUAUCCCACAAUCCUCUCUGAGGACACCUUCAAAGAGCCACAGCAGCAAGAACACACACAUUCAGAACAGACAACACCCUCACUGACACAGGACACAAACGCUCAGCCCACCUCACCAACAAAGUCAGACCCUCCAAAACGUCUGGGUCUGUUUCGCCGUCUCCGAGGGGAGACCAAUAAAACCCCUGUCCCCAAAAUCCUCAUCCAGGACUUUAGCGAGAAAGAGGAGAAGCUGACGGCAAAAGAGAGGAGGAGGCGGAAGAGAGAGAAAGAGCGAAAAGAAAGAGAAGAGAAAGACAGAAAGAAACGAGAGAAGGAAAUGGAAAAGGACAAAGGAAAAGAAAGGAAAAAGCCUCAGACAAGAGGAAAGAGCUUCCAGGUGCUCAGCAGGAAGGGUGCUGAUAAUGCCGUGACCCCCGUGAACAGUGACUCUCAGACGUCUCACGCCAGGAGAAACUCUGCUCCUUUUUCUGACGGAUAUUUUUAAAUAAUCAGAGACUCGAUCACAUAUUUGUAUUCCGCAGUGGGAGUGAGAUGUUUUAAUGUGACUUGUGCAAUGAUUUGAUGUGGUUUGUUAUAUUCACUGCUUCAUCUCUUGGUUUAAAACCAUAAUUAUUUUCAUAGAAAAAUAAAAUCAGGAGGAGACAUU